AUGGAGGGAGAUCCCACCCUGCGGCUCCGCGUCUUCGACCUCAAUUGCUGGGCCAUCCGCUACCUGAGCAAACGGUAUCAGGAACGCGUCCGGCUCAUUGGGGACAUGCUGCGCCAGGAGGGCUUCGACCUGGUGCUUCUCCAGGAGGUGUGGAGCGAGCGGGACUACCACGACCUGAAGGCAAAGCUGGGAGGCUGCUACCCAUUCUCCCAUUACUUCCGCAGUGGGGUGAUUGGCAGCGGCCUUUGCGUCUUCUCCAGAUUCCCCAUCCUGGACACCCUCCUCUACCAGUACUCACUGAACGGGUACCCCUACAUGCUCCAGCAUGGGGACUGGUUCUGUGGCAAGUCCGUUGGCCUUGUCAUCAUUAAGAUCUCCGGGAUUGUCUUCAACAUCUACGUCACCCAUCUGCAUGCCGAGUACUGCCGGGAGAAGGACGCCUAUCUGUCCCACCGCCUGGUGCAGGCCUGGGAGCUAGCGCAGUUCAUCCGACACACCUCAAAGGCAGCCGAUGUGGUGCUGCUGGGAGGGGACCUGAACAUGCACCCCGAAGACGUGGGCAUCCGGCUGCUGCGCAGCUGGACGGGGCUGCAGGAUGCCUUCACCGAGGCCAUGCACUUUGAGGGCUGUGAAGGUGGCUGCACCCUCAUCCCCAACAACUGCUUCACUGUCAAGACAGAGCUGCUGCCCUUCCCGCUGGGCAUCCGCAUUGACUACAUCCUCUACAAGGCUGUCUCCAGCUUCGUGGUGAAGUGCGAAGUGCUGAAGACCACCACGGGGACAGCCCCGGGCAUGGACAUCCCCUUCUCGGACCACGAAGCAGUGAUGGCAACGCUGCACAUCCGAAGGCAGGGACAGGCUGUGGGUGCCAACCUUGGCACAGCUGAGCCAAUGCUGGCGGAUGUGGUGACGGAGGCACGGACAGAGGUGAGUGUGGGGCUGCGGGCAGCGCAGCAGCAGCGCUACUCCACGGGCAGGAUGGCUGUGCUAGCCCUGCUGCUGCUGCUGCUGCAGGCAGUGGCCGCACUGGGCGUGCUGGCGGGGCUGGCAGCCGGGCAGCCCUUCCCCACACUCUCCUUCUCCCUGCUGGCAUUCCUCGCCAUCGGCGUCCUCCUCCUUGCCACUGGCCUCCACCUUUUCCACACCAUCGAGGUGAAGAUGCUGCAGGGCACUGAGGAGCAGAUGCGGAUGGCACUGCGGGCGCUGCAGGAGCAUCCCAGCGAUGGCUGA